AUGUCGGAAACAGGUGAUCCCUCGCUGGAUAAGCAACAGCACAUCAAAUAUUGGCAGCGCUGUCAUAAAACAUACCUCCCUUCCCCUUACACAGCCUACGACUCGACCCGCCUUACUUUCGCUUGCUUCAUUAUUUCGGCGCUUGACACUCUGUCUGUCCCGCUCACCCAUAGUGAACGCGGUGCUAUCCGUCGGUGGGUUCUCAGUCUGCAGCAUCCAGAAGGUGGCUUUUGUGGAAGUUCAACGCACGCAUUACCGGGUCAAGAAGCAUACAAGGGCACAGCAAACAUUGCAGCUACCUCCUUUGCGCUUUUACUGUUGGGCCUGGCGGCCAAUGGUGAGGAUGAGGCGAGGUCAGCUUUCAACGGGGUGGACAGAGUACGGUUAUUGAAGUGGCUGAAGAGACUUCAGAGAAAGGAUGGGAGUUUCGGACAGCUUUUAUGGGACGGGGAGAUUGUGGGCGGCAGAGAUAUGAGACACAGCUAUCUAGCGAGCUGUAUUCGAUGGAUGCUCAGGGGAGAUGUCAAGGAAGGCGACGAGGGCUGGGUGGAGGAUUUGAACGUCGAUGAAAUGAUUGCACAUGUCAAGAGAGGCCAAACAUAUGAUGGUGGAGUAGCAGAAUCGUCACAGCACGAGUCUCAUGCUGGCUAUGCAUACUGCGCGAUAGGUGCGCUGUCACUCUUGGACAGACCACCAGAUUCGACAUCGCCGCAUCCUCCCGAGGAGGCGCUGAAACGGGGUAUCCCGGAUCGUGAUGGACUCUUGCACUUUCUCGCCUCUCGCCCUUUUGCCUACCUCGCCAAGGAAGAGGAAGAGGAUGAAGUAGAGGAAAACUUUCUUGAGUCAAAGGCUGGUGAGCUCGAUCUUGGUCAUAUUGGAUUCAACGGUCGAUGGAACAAGAAGGCCGAUACGUGCUACUGUUGGUGGGUUGGCGGUACGCUUGCAAUGCUAGGGAACUCUGCCAUCAUCAAAGUCAUUCCUUCGCGACGAUAUCUUCUCGAUAUCACACAACAUCGCAUUGGCGGGUUCUCUAAGAACCGUUCGGCCCCGCCGUAUCUUCCAUUUGUCGGAUUGAAUCAUCUGAACCAUGUCGCGAUUGACAAGACUCCAUCAUUUCACCCAAACGUCGCCGCCAUGUCCUCUACACCAAAAGACACAGCCGAGGCCACGGAGCCUGCGAAGUCAAGCAACACCGAUACGCAACCUUGGAACGACGACAAACGCCGCAAGUUCGAAACGUCAGCGACAGCCCCGCCCAUGAACGACCGCGACACUGACGAGGCUUAG